ACCUGAUACCUGCAUGUCACACCUGUGCACAAUUUUCUGAUGCUCAUGCAGAGAUCAAAAUCAAAGACAAGAAUGCAGACUUCAACAGUAGCUCUCCUGGUCAUUUCUGCAGUCCUCUGGGGAAACACAGAAGCAUUUUCAGACAAUGCUAUGGACUGCUGUCUAUCCACCAAGGACACUCGUAUCCCAAUGCAAGUUGUUGCAUCCUACUUUCAUCAAUCCAUAGACAGCGGAUGUCCCAUUGAAGCUACCAUAUUCAUCACAAAAAAGGGCAGGAAACUGUGCGCCCCACCAGAGAAAAAUGGCUGGAUUAGCAAAAUCAUCUCACACCUGGACAAGAAGAAAAAAAGUCCUCUGUAGGAACACAUGAAAAUGAUGACCUUAUCGCUGCACUGAGCAACACUGAAUACACAGGAAGAGACUUCACUAAAUCAACUACUGCGACAGUGUUUUUUUAAACAGAUAUUGUAAAUGAUUAAACCCUGAUAUGUUGUGUAUGUUUUACUGUACUGUCUCUCUGUAGCGAUUGUGAGUCUCAUACAUGAGAUUUCAUGCAAGCUAUAUCUCUAUUUUUAGGACAUUUUAUAUGUAUCAAACUUUGUGUGACUGGAAAUGUUUGCCAAGAAUGCUUUCAAAUAAAUUAA